AUGGCCGGUUAUCAUAAUUGGUUCGAGUAUGGUCGGAAUGACGCUGAGCAUUCUGCUGGGGUAUUGUGGCUACGCAGCAUAGAGACCAUUUCCUUCGACCGACAUCCAUCAACAGCGACGCAUCUUCGUGUCGCACUAUUUUUAUUAAGAACGAUGGAGAUUUUUAGGCAGUUGGGCUUGGAUGGUGAGAUGGAAAUCGAGAGUGCAUCCGAUUUUGACUUGGAUGCGGGACUGCUUAUCGUGGACAAACUCAUUGGGGGAGAAGUUCUCGCUGGAAUGCAGGAGCCAGACCCAGCCCGAACUGCUAAGCUUACACCAUGCAAGCGUUUGUGGCUAACACAAAAUAUGUUUGAACCGUUGCUUCGUCGCGGGGCGCAUCGUUUCGGGGCAGAGCAAUGUUUCGGGACACGAGUCGUGCACUACGAGGAGCAGAAGGAUGGCGUUAUAGUGGUUUGUUAA